ACUGAUGAUGGCUACAGCGCGGCGUGCACCUAGGGUUGCAGUGAUAUCACUGCUAUUCCUGCAGCAGCUGCUGCUGCUGCUGCUGCUGAGGUCGUGUACGGGCGGCGGAGCGCCGGUGGUGCGGACACGUCAGGGUGGUGUCAGGGGGACCGCCAAGGUGUCGAGCAGUGGCCGCCACUUGCUGGCCUUCUACAACAUUCCAUUCGCCAAGCCGCCUGUGGGACCGUUGCGAUUUAAGAGUCCUCAACCUCCAGAUGGAUGGGAGCACAUCCGCGAUGCAACAGCUCCUGGGGCUUGGUGUCCGCAGGUGUCCGUGUUGUCCCCAUUAGAGCCUCCAACAGGGACAGAGGACUGUCUGUAUCUCAACGUGUUCACGCCACAGAUAAGACCUAGUGAACUGUUUCCUGUCAUGGUCUGGAUUCAUGGCGGCGGUUUCGUGGGAGGUGCAGCCACAUUUUACGAAUACGGAUAUCUCUUGGACCACGACAUUGUUCUUGUUGCUAUCAACUAUCGGAUUGGCUCUCUUGGUUUCUUAAGUACAGGAGAUGAGAUUUCUCCUGGGAAUUAUGGCCUUAAGGACCAGGUGUUGGCUCUGAGAUGGGUUCAGGAGAAUAUUGAGGCGUUUGGCGGGGACCCUGGCAGCGUCACGAUCUUUGGGGAGAGCGCCGGGGGUGCCAGCACCCACUACCUCAUGCUGUCUCCUCUAGCCAGAGCUCUAGCCUUAAAUAGCACAUUAUUGCAAGAAUUUCAGCACGACGGCAAGAAAAUCCUUCCCAUGUCUCUAUCUUACGAUGUGUCGCCGCAAGUCGAAUUCAUUACAGAGAAGAUAUACAAUUUCUACUUCCCGUCUGGGGAACUUACUUACAGCAAAAUCACUGAGCUAUAUUCUGAUGCAUUAUUUAAUUGGAACACGGAUGAAGCUGUCAGGAAGUAUAAAGACGUGGCUCCAGUAUAUUACUACAUGUUUUCAUACCAGGGGGAGCUCGGGGCGGAAGCUUUGCUUGGAGUACAGGAAGAUUUAGGUAUUUCUCAUGGCGACGAUUUACUUUACUUAUUCUCAAAUACAAGCAUCUUGCCAAUACCUGCUGAGAGGCCAAAAGAGGAUAACGAAAUGGCAAAAAUCAUGACUAAACUGUGGACGGACUUCGUGAAACGUGGGAAUCCAACGCCAACUGACGAAUUGGUGCACUGGCCGAGAGUUACUUCAGAUAGCGACCUAGAAUAUUUGGACAUAGGCCAGACGUUGCAGGUUAAAAAAGGACUGUUCCAAGAGCGAAUAGACUUCUGGAGAUCGCUGCCUGUCAGAGACACACAGCAACAAAGCAACGUCAGAGAUGAGUUGUGACGUUAGUAAUAACGGAUGGACGACAAUGAUUGAAUUUUCUUUGAAAUAUCCUUGCAAAAUAAAGACGGCCGAAAAGACUUUA